AUGAGUCACCCACAGGAUGAAGCUCAUCGCCAGUCCCUUGAGGACCCGGAAUCCUUCUGGUCUAGUCAGGCCGAGCACCUCUACUGGCAUAAGAGGCCAAGCGCAAACUUGACCAAGUCGACCAAGAAGCUCAAGAGUGGCAUCGAACACCCUCAUUGGAAUUGGUUUCAGGGCGGAGAGAUAUCGACAUGCUACAACUGCGUCGACCGGCAUGUGCUUGCAGGGAAUGGUGACCGGCCUGCGAUUUUUUACGACAGCCCCGUCACCAAGACCAAGCAGGCGAUCACGUAUGCGCAGCUGCUAGACGAGGUCGAAGUCACAGCUGGUGCCCUCAGAGCAGAGGGCGUGAAGAAGGGAGAUGUUGUACUGGUUUAUAUGCCCAUGAUACCCGCAGCCCUCAUCGGGAUCCUUGCCGUCAAUCGUUUAGGCGCAAUACACACCGUAGUCUUUGGCGGCUUCGCCGCAGCGUCCUUAGCACAGCGAAUCGAAGCAUCUCGACCUGUCGCCAUUCUUACCGCUUCGUGUGGCAUCGACGGAGCCAAACCACCGAUAAGCUACAAGCCGUUCAUUUCCGAGGCUAUUCGACUGUCUAGCCAUAAGCCGAGCCGCGUUAUCAUUUGGCAGCGAAACGAGCUGCGUUGGGAUGCUCUCAACAAGGCUGGCGGUGAGCGUAACUGGUUCAAGAUGGUGCGCAGUUGCAGGGCAAGAGGCGUGAAGGCGGAUUGCGUUCCGAUCGGUGCAAACGAGGGUGUCUACAUCAUCUACACAAGCGGCACUACUGGGUCACCCAAGGGCGUGGUACGCGAUGCUGGUGGCCACGCCGUUGGACUGCAUCUCUCUAUCAACUAUCUGUUUGGUGUCAACGGCCCUGGAGAUGUCAUAUUCACUGCAAGCGAUAUUGGUUGGGUGGUUGGACACUCUUACAUCAUCUACGCUCCACUUCUCACUGGGGCAGCAACAGUUCUCUUCGAAGGAAAGCCGGUCGGGACGCCUGAUAGCUCUACCUUCUGGAGGAUCAUAAAGGAGUGGCAUGUUACCAGUCUCUCCACAGCUCCCACCGCCUUGCGGGCGAUCAAACGGGAUGACCCAGAGAACGAGAGCCUCAAGCGGAUAGGGGAAAAGGGUGGGCUCAAGAGCCUAAAGGCGCUAUUUCUGGCCGGCGAAAGAUCAGAACCCUCAAUCAUUACCAUGUACCAGAAGCUUAUCCAGAGCUAUGGGGCGCCCGGUGCCCUCAUCAUAGACAACUGGUGGUCGUCAGAAUCAGGGUCUCCUAUAUCAGGUAUCAGUUUGAAUUCCCAUAUAAAAAGGGACGGGCAAACUACCGCCAACAGCUUCAAGCCGCUUCCAAUCAAGCCUGGGAGCGCUGGCAAGGCGAUGCCAGGAUUCGACGUCAGAGUGGUGGACGACAAGGGCAACGAGGUCAAGCGAGGCAAUAUGGGAAACAUCGUUCUAGCGAUCCCACUAGCACCGACGGGUUUCACGACGUUGUGGAAGGACGCGGAGCGGUUUUACAAGGGUUAUUUGAAGAGGUUCGAUGGUAGAUGGAUCGAUACGGGCGAUGCUGGCAUGAUAGACGCCGAAGGCUACAUCAGUAUCAUGAGUCGGAGUGAUGACCUGAUCAAUACUGCAGGUCAUCGACUUUCUACAGGCUCCAUCGAGCAAGCGAUAACGAGCCAUCCACUCGUAGCUGAAGCCAGUGUCAUUGGUAUCCCUGACUCCCUGAAAGGCCAAUUGCCGUUCGCUUUCAUCACCCUCUCGGUGCCCGACCACCCUACAUCCGCCGUGCCCGAUACGAAGCUGUCGGAGGAGAUCCAACAGCUCGUCCGCCAGCAAAUAGGUGGAAUUGCCGCUCUCGGUGGCAUCAUCCAAGGAAAGGGCAUGAUCCCGAAAACGAGGUCGGGCAAGACACUGCGGAGGGUUCUAAGGGAACUGGUCGAGAACGCGGUCCAUGGUGAAUACGAGCAGGAAGUCCAGUAUCCCGCCACCAUCGAGGAUGCGUCGGUGAUCGAGGUGGCGAGGGGGAAGGUGGGCGAGUACUUCACACAGAGAGGAGGAGCGCACAGAGCUAUCGAGGCGAGAGCGAAGUUGUGA